AUGUCGAGCACGAGAGUACUUGGCCGCCUGGCCCGAUCAGCGCGAACCCUUCCCAAGGCUUCCUCGCCAGCAACCCUAGCUAUCCGCAACAGAGCAGCAGCAGUACCCGAAUACCGACGAUGGGCAUCGACCUCCAAGCACCCGCAGGGCUUCGUCGCCCCCACGCAAGCCGACCUCGAGGAGCUGCGCGAGCGCGUCCAGGAGUUCACCAGGCGCGAGAUCAGCCCCGAGGUGGCGGCCGCAACUGACCAGAGCAACGCCUUCCCUCCCGAGAUGUGGGGGAAGCUGGGCGAGGCAGGGUUCCUGGGGAUCACGGCAGACGAGGACGUCGGCGGGCUGGCACUGGGAUACCAGGCACACUGCAUCGUCAUGGAGGAGCUGAGCCGCGCCUCCGGGUCCAUCGCGCUGUCCUACGCGGCGCACAGCCAGCUGUGCGUCAACCAGCUGCAGCUGAACGGCUCGCCGGACCAGAAGGCCAGGUACCUCCCGGGCCUGAUAGCCGGCGAGAAGGUCGGCGCGCUGGCCAUGAGCGAGAGCAGCGCCGGCUCGGACGUGGUCUCCAUGCGGACCACGGCCAAGAAGGUGGACGGGGGCUAUGUCCUCAACGGCUCCAAGAUGUGGAUCACGAACGGGCCUGACGCGGACUACAUCGUCGUGUACGCCAAGACGGAGCCUGAUGCGGGGAGCAAGGGCAUCACGGCCUUCAUCGUCGAGACGAGUGGGGCAGAGGGCUUUGCGUGCGCGCGCAAGCUCGACAAGAUGGGCAUGAGGGGCAGCAACACGGGCGAGCUGGUCUUCGACAACGUCUUUGUGCCCGAGGCCAACGUCCUCGGCAAGAUCAACGGCGGCGUGCGCGUGUUGAUGGAGGGCCUCGACCUGGAAAGACUCGUGCUCAGCGCGGGGCCCUUGGGCCUGAUGCAAGCGGCGCUCGACGUGGCACUGCCGUUUGCGCACGCGCGGAAGCAGUUCGGCCAGCCCAUUGGCACGUUCCAAGCGAUCCACGGCAAGCUGGCCGACAUGUACACCAAGCUACAGGUCAGCAAGGCUUACACGUACGCCACUGCGAGGGCUGUCGACGAGGAAGGCAUUAUCAAGACGCAGGACUGUGCCGGUGCGAUACUGUACGCUGCUGAAAGGGCUACGGAAUGUGGUCUGGAUUGCAUACAGGUGCUUGGCGGUAUGGGCUACGUGGAAGAGAUGCCGGCCUCCAGGAUACUGAGAGAUGCAAAACUAUACGAGAUUGGCGCUGGUACAUCUGAGGUGAGGCGCAUGGUCAUCGGCCGUGUUUUCAACAAGGAGUACGCAAGUUACUCGGUGUGA